AGUGACUUAGCUUGCUACGCGGAGUCGCUGUCAGGUACCACUUAGCGGUGCAUAUUCGACAGCUUUUUAAGGGUAGAAUCAUCAGCAAUGUUCUUAUUACUAAUAGCAGGCAUUGGAGUGGUUGCUCUCUUGUUGAUUGUGUUGGCGCCUCAUAUAAGGAAGUAUGCAGCUGGUGGGGUAUGUCUGUCUAAGGCUCGGCUGGAUGGGAAAACUGUGCUGAUCACCGGAGCAAAUACUGGGAUCGGGAAGGAAACUGCAUGGGAUUUGGCAGCACGCGGGGCACGUGUGAUUCUGGCAUGUCGGGAUGUGGAGAAAGGGGAGGAGGCGGCAGCUGAGAUCCGCUCCAAUGUCAGUGGGGCGCAGGUCGAGGUGCAAGAGCUCGACUUGGCUGACACCUGCUCCAUACGGGCCUUCGCACAGAGAUUCCUCAGAGAGGUGAAUCAUCUGCACGUGCUAAUAAACAAUGCAGGGGUGAUGAUGUGCCCUUAUAUGAAGACUGCAGACGGCUUUGAGAUGCAGCUUGGCGUCAACCACCUGGGCCACUUCCUGUUGACGUACCUCCUGAUUGGUCUGCUGAAGCGCAGUGCACCCGCACGCAUCGUCGUUGUCUCCUCUCUGGCGCACAACUUUGGCUGGAUCCGCUUCCAUGACCUCAUGAGCCUGGGCAGCUAUAACAGCGGCCUUGCCUACUGCCAGAGUAAGCUGGCCAACGUGCUGUUCACACGGGAGCUCGCACGCAGGCUUGAAGGCUCUGGAGUGACAGUUAAUUCAGUACAUCCAGGAUCGGUGCGCUCGGAGUUGGUCCGACACUCCACCAUGAUGUCCCUGCUUUUUACAAUCUUCUCCAUCUUCCUGAAGACGCCCCGGGAGGGGGCGCAGACGUCUGUGUACUGUGCUGUGGCUGAGGAGCUGCACUCCAUCUCUGGAAAGCAUUUCAGUGACUGCACUCCUGCUUUUGUGGCUCCCCAGGGCAGGAAUGAGAAGACAGCACGGAGACUGUGGGACGUCAGCUGCAAGCUACUCGGCAUUGAGUGGGACUGAUCGCUCUACCGUGUCCAUCGACACCCCCGCCCUGCUCAAAAUGCAAUGUGCCAAGUCACUCUCCAUUUUCCCUCAGCACUGAAAUUCCUGGCCUUUUGGAGUGUUUCAUACCAACCCUCUCCUCAGAUGCCUUCAUACACUAAACUGCUGUUUUAUAUUUAGGGCUAUAGGAAGUCAGUAAUAUGAGAAAUUACUUAAAUGAAAGCAGUUCAGGGAAAUUAGUCAUCUCGUGUGGAAUCGGCCUUCGAUCAUUAUCUUGCUUGCUGCUUUAUGGACCAUUUUGUAGCUGAAGGUUGUCAUGUUGUUUUAGCAGCCGUUAACAGAAGUGUAUUAUUUCAUUCCAUGCUUUUUCCAAGUUCUUUUUUCUCUUCUCAAUUAAUUGUCUUGGUUUUUAAUAGAUGUAUUUUCACUGACGUGAACAUGUCUUUUACUACCUUAAUGCUGAGACCUGACUAUUUUGAAGAACACAUGACAUGAAUAUGUCUCGUUUACCUAUUAAUGAACAGAGGUUGAUUGUGAAACUGCCUGUGC